AGCGUGCCUGGCUCGGCCUCAGGGCGUUCUGGGCUCUGAGAGAGGGUUAUAUCCACCGUGGAAAAAUCCCUCAACCAUGUUCGACCCAUCCCAAGAAAUAUCGUGUGCCCAGGCUGUGCGUGUGCCUGGAAAAUUGUCAGGAUGUGUGUGGAAAUGGGAGAGUUUCACCUUUUGCAACCCCGCUUCAAUCUGAAAUCGUACCCUGCUGUCGGAACCGACGAUGAUUGGCUUGCCCCUUUGUCGAAUUCUACGCGAAGGCCCACAUCUGCGCAGUCGUCAAUGCGAAACCGCCAAAGCCGCCAAAGCCCGGAACUUCGGCGGUCGAUGCCCAGGAUUCAGGAAACUCCUGCGAGGGGGAGGGUCUUGGCCAAAGUUUCUCGCAUGGACGUGCGGGAUCUUGGAUCUGGUAAUGAAAAUUGGUGUUUGGAAGAUCAGGCCAUCAUUCGGGCAGUGCACAAGGGCAUGCAAAGCAAGCCUAUUUUUGGCAUCUCGCGAGGAGAAGCUUGCGAUGUUUCCGUCUCUGGCUCAUCUUGGUGUUGGGAGGCCUGUGGGCAAGAAUCUGUCCAAGCUCCCGACCGCGCGUCUCCCGUUCGGAAGCAUCGGCUCGGUCGGUGCCGGCAGCACUCCAGUGAAUUCCGCGGUUAGUCAUGCCCAUAACUCUCCCUCACUAUCCCGGGGACGUCUCCUCCUUGACUUUUUCUUCCUUGUGGUCGAUCGAGGCGGGCACGUGCCGGGGAACCUCGAUGGUAGCGUCGAUCUCUUGUUUUCUGGCCAUUCCCGCGAAACUCGACAAGCCAUGUCGAAGAUCUUGUCUGUGCUACUUGGGUCCUCGGACGAACUGGGGCAUUUGAGUUGCUGAUCACCUGCAAGCCGAUCGUAUUUGAGCACAUUGGUCAACUUGCGGCUCAUAUCUCGUUGACGUCGGUCACCGAGCUGCUUACUGUGUAAACCAACACAAAGCGGAUAACGGGCCAACUCAUCUAUCAAGAAUGCCACUGCCGGUCAUCGCGCUGAUAGGGGGGGAAAGAAGCCCUUGUGACCAAAAAUGUCAGAUGAUGGGGUCUUAAAUGGCCAGAAGCGGAAGGCCAGGGGUGAUGGGUUAGGGUUGACUAUCUUGGUUUAUCUU